CUAUACUAUCUCUGAACAUAAUGGAAUUAAAUCAAUUGAAUUACAAAAAUGUGAAAACGAAAGAGAACAGAAAUUAAUUGCGAUGUAGAUGCAUUUGUGGAUUAGAAGUAAUAAUGCACAAAGUGCAUCGAUAGGGGGAAUAGCUGGCAGCCGGCUGUCUUUGCAGUUCAGUAUAACAAGUAAUGACGCUUUGGGUAUAAGGUUUACGUUUGGUCACCGUGGUGACAGCUACCCAAUAGGAAUAUUUCUCACUUUUCUUUAGUUUACGUUAACUACACCUAUAUUUAUAUGUUAUUCAAGUGAUUUCUUCUUUAUUCGCUCAAUUUUGUGAUGGCAAGGACGCUUGUUUGUUUGCGAUACUUUCUCAUCGGUGGUGCUAUUGUCGUGGGUGUAUGCGGUCUUAUAGAGAGUAUUUGUGCGAGUUAUUUCAUAUAUCAACUGUAUGAAUAUUCAUCCCUUACUCCCAGUAAUGUCUGCGGGGCACCGAUAACGUUGCUAGUGAUGGGGCUGAUAACGUGUAUGAUAGGCUGGUGUGCCUGGCAAUUUUUAGAUUUCACCAACACCGGUCAAGUCAUAAUUUUUUCCAUAGCGCUGAUCAUUAUAACGAUCGCAAAUACAAGUGCUGGGAUUUGGACUCUUGUUAGACACGAACAGGUAGAUCUGUUACCAACUGCGGAUCUAGAACAGGUGUUCAAACAUGCCAUUUCGGAUGAUAAAUCUCUUUGGGAUCAUAUGCAUUCCAAGUUGCAAUGCUGUGGAAUAAACGGUCCAGCUGAUUAUCACGGCCAGGAUGCAAUUCCAUGGUCUUGUUGCGAUACGACGUCAGGUGCAAAUCCCAGUGAUAAUAAAGGCGUCUGUGCUACACUGUACGCAAGAGGUUGCCAACAUGUAGUAAUGAAGCGUACCAGAUCGAUUCUUCUUCAUGUUUUCUUGCUCGCAUUAUGUACAAUUUUAUUACAGGUUUGUUUCAUUACAUGCAUGAGUUGUUACGUGAAGGCUUGCCGUGAAAGGAGAGAAAGAAGAAAGGAAAUAAUAAGUGCGUCGCAAUCAUUUGCACGUGCAUCGAAAGACUUAGGAACUAAUGAUAAUCUUCUUGGUCAACAGAUGAAAUAUUCCAAAGCAGCGACUGAUAUUUGACGAUCGAUACUUAAAAAUAAUCAUUAUAUACUAAUUUAUAACGAUACUUUGUUUUAGUACCCAGAUACCCGUACAUAAAAAUAUUUAAUACAGGAUGUCCCAUACAAGUGGGACAAAUUAUAGAAACAGUAAAAGAGAGAAAAAAUAUCAUUAAGAAAAAUUAAACACUGCGAAAUGCAUACGUCUGCGCCUAAAAUGUAGGCGUUUUAAAGAACUCGAAGUCAUCCUCAUUUUUUAAAAUGGAACUGUGUGCUUUGUUAUACAUCAAUCGAAGCGUAUUUUUGUUCUCUAAAAGAGAAACAAAAUUUCAUUUUAAGAAACUUUGUACUUUGUUACACGUCAGCUUGGAAAUAUAACUUGGCCCAGUUACAUGGGACACCCUGUACUACAAUAAAUGCCAAUCGAUGCUGCACAAUAUUUUAUAAAAUUUGAUACUGAUAAAUAUAGCGCUAUCAAAUACAGAGUUCCUUAAUUAACUGAUAAAUCGAUACAAUAAAAAAUGAUUUUUACUACUGUACAGAAGUUUUACAAUUUUAUCAUGACCAAAAUAAAUAUUUGUAAUAUAA